GCUCAUCGAGUCCUCAACGCAUGCUUUGGAGCUCGGAAAGCGGCAGCAGUACCACGCGCUGGCAGCAACGGUGUCUUUGAACGUGGCGAACAGGCAAAUUGAAGUGAAUCUGCGACUAUGCAGUGUGCCCGCUCUCCAGAGCGAUGGCUACUUCUUCCUCGUAGCACUAAAUCUGGUACGCGGUGACAUAUUCGAUGCUGAAAGCAUGGAUCCUGGGGCCAUCAGUGCAGGUGAGGGCAAUGAUUCCUCACCCUCAGAUACUUCCCCAACACACUUUGAAUCAGCUUCCUUUGGUGGUGAGCUGGCUGCACCAUUGAACAAGCACCUGCAGUUCCAUGCCCGCAACAAGGAGACUGCCAAUGCCUUCAGCUCAGUCUGUGUGACUUUUGAUUCACGGACACUUGAAGUAUCAAACCUGCGGGUGUCCCUUAACAUUGGAAGCUGGAAGCAGUCGGACCGGACCUUCUUGAAGAACUGCAUCCUAGAGGAUGUUUGGCCUGGGUUCAGCAGCUGGCUGAAGAGCUGGGGCCAAGGGCAAGUGACCAACUCUCCGCCACCCAUCGUGUUAUUCAGGUUUCCGCAAUUACUGCGCAUGCGCAACGUUCUCGCAGCCAGGCAGUCGGAUCUGAAGAAAUGUCGGGGCGAAGAUGGAAGACCCACCGGCGAGAUCUGUCUGAGACUACGAGACAUUCGUUUGCGCAAGGUGCUCCGGCGUGGCAAAGUCAAGAAAAGGUCUGAUUCGGUGGCAAGCCGCGAGAGUAUGUGCAGCGCAACCGCAGCAGUUCAGUCACCCAACUCGGGACGUAAAUCACGUCUUGCAGAUGUGUCUGGCGAGCUGCCCUCGUCAUAG